AUGCACUACUGGCGAGGCGUCAUCACACAUCUGAGCAUUGUGCUUGCCCAGCCGACGUAUCUGGCUACUCGACAUUGCCUUGGCCAUGUGUCUCUCCCGCCCAGCCAUCGCCUGUAUUUCGGGGCACACGUCGCGGUGUGGGUGUAUAUCGUGGCGCGGAUCACCAUACCCUUCUUCAGGUCGCCGCUGCGUCGACUCCCCUCGCCACCAGGGGAGAAGUUCCUGCUAUGUCACCUGAAUUUCAACGGAGGACAGCCUCCCACGACCAUUGUGGAAGACAUGGUGAACAGCACGCCCAACGACGGUCUUCUCGUCGUAUGGCUGCCGCUCUACCUGUCAUGCGAGAUCAUUCCAACCCGCCCCGACACCCUGAUGGACAUGCUCAACUCGCACAAUUACGAUUGGGAGAAGCCGCCGUUUAUCAGAAAAGUCCUGGCCGGGAUCCUGGGCGAGGGACUGGCCAAUGUCGAGGGCGCGAAGCACAAGGCCAUGAGACGGGUCGUGGCACCAGCCUUUUCCGGGCGCCAUAUCCGCGAGCUGACUCCGCUGUUCUACUCGAAGGGUCUCACGCUCGCGGACGUGAUGGCUCGCCUAGUGAGAGACUCUGGGGAUGGAGUAUUGGACGUCACGGGCCCGGUGUCUCGCGCGGGGCUGGAUAUCAUCGGUGCCGCGGGAGUAGGCAUGGACUUCAACACCAUCGAAAACGAAACAUCACUCCUCGCGAAGCUCUAUCAGUCAGUCACCAACGCGCCGGCUUUCUUCUUGUUGGUCAGCAUGCUGCUCCCACGGUGGCUGCUGCAGCGGCUGAAGGGAACGGGCUUCGCGAGAACGAUUGAAGCACAGUCGCAACUGCACGACGAGAUUCGUAGUUUGAUGCAGGAAAAGAAGGUGCUGUUGCGUGAAGAGAAAUCAGCACACGACAUCAAGGACAUCAUCGCAAGUAUCAUGCGAGCUGGUGAUUUCUCGGACGACUACCUCGUGAGCCAAAUGCUCACCUUCCUCGCCGCAGGCCACGAUACAGUUGCCUCGGCCCUGUCAUGGGCACUGAUGCUCCUUUCGCAACACCCACAAGUCCAAGAUCGUCUCCGGGCCGAAUGCAACGCGAACCUGGCGCACAUCGCAACUGCUGAAGUCGGCGCCUCAGCCUUCGAGCCCGAGAACAUGCCCUUCCUGACGGCCGUCUGCAACGAGACGCUGCGUCUGUACCCUCCGGCGCCCUCUACAGCUCGUCACGCCGUCGUCGACACUUCCGUCGGAGGCGUGCCCGUCCCGAAAGGCACCACUGCCACAAUCAGUCCCUGGGCCAUCAACCGGAGUCGAGCUCUCUGGGGCGCUGACGCUGCUGAAUUUAAACCAGACCGGUGGCUUGAGGAGCACAAUGCAGCCGCCGGCGGGGCGGAGAGCCCAUACGCCUUUCUCACCUUCUUGCACGGGCCGCGGAGCUGCAUCGGGCAGAGCUUCGCGCGGCUAGAAGUAAAAUGUCUCCUGGCCGCGCUGGUGACAAGAUUCAGAUUUGAGAUGGCGGACCCCGGCCAGAAGAUUAAGGUCGCCGGAUUCGUUACCAUAAAACCCCAGGGGGGUUUGAGGUUGAAGGUGCGUGAUCUUGAGGAGGCAUUCGAUGGCACACCAGCCGAAAGCCAUGGGUAG